UCAUAUCCUAUAGGACCACAAUCAAACAAAGAUUAUUACAGAACCAGAGCAAGCACCAGAGCCUAUUGAUACUGUAGCUGUUGCUGCAAUUGUUGUACCAGAGCCCGAAGUCGAAGCCACACCAACAGAGCAUGAAGAGAUCAUUACUGAUAGAGCUGAGACUGAAAUGCAGCCCGAAGAGGAUGAAUGCGCUGUCGCUAGAACCAUCGUCCUUGAAGAGUCUGUCGAUUCUACAUCUGUGUUUGUCACUGUAGAGGACAAGGAGGAGACCACCAUCAUCACUUCCACUACUGCAGACGUUACUGUUGAUGAACUUUCUGCUGUUGAUAUUAUUUCAACGGUCACAGAGUCUACAGUGGAAGUCCAGACCGAUGAACAGUCUUCGUAUGAGGAGAUCCAGGAUGUAGGAACUAACCAAGAUGAAGUGACCGUUAUUCCAGAAACUGUGGUAGAGACUGAGGAAGAACGAGAGAUAGAGGAAGUAGAAGAGGAAGAAGAGGAAGAAGAGCAAGAAGAGGAGCUUCCGUCAGAAUUUGAUAGAGAGGAGAUCUUGGAGCUGGUGUUUGAACGACAGAUCCCUGUCAGGAGACAGAUGAUUCGCACAUCCACAAUGACAGAAGAUUCUGAGGAAGUCGACCAAGCAGAUACACCCACAACCUUGGUUGGAGAGGAACUAGAGCUCACAAAGGAUACCUUGCAGACCCUUCAGGAGGUGUCGCGUGUUGCAAAACACUCUGAGUUGAAUGCUCGUGCUCAAGAGUUUAAGCCCAGUUGGCUCAACUCCUCACAGCAAGCGCCCGUUAGCCGCACUGCUCCAUCACCAACACCAACAAAGCAGCAGGCUGCCAAGAUCAUGAGUCGAUGUAAUUACUGGCCCAACUGCACUAACAAGGCAUGCAAGUACACACAUCCAUCCCAGCCUUGCCGUGAUGCAGACAACUGCAGAUUCGGUGACCGAUGCGUGUUUAUUCAUCCCAAAGAUCUUACACCUCGCAGCAAGAAGAGCAAGAAUCAACAGACUGGUCAUGGGGGACGUCCCUCACUUACAACCAUGAGCUCAGCAUCGUCUAUUGAGUCUUGGGCAAAGGCAUAGAAAGAAACAACUUUACUAUAGUAGUAGUUGAUUGAUGUUUUCUUUUUUGUUCAUGUAGAUUUACGUUUUACUUUUUUAGGAAUAAAGUGAUCACGGCUUUAUUUUUUUUUACAAAAAAUAUUU